AUGCACCUCAUACAGGCUUACGCGCCUACAGCUGACACCGAUGAAGAGCAGCAUGACAACUUCUACGAACGACUCGAGGAGCUCGUGCGUAGGCAACGUGGUUACGUCGUUGUGAUGGGAGACUUCAACGCCCGGGUUGGAUCACGAAAGCAUGGCGAGGUUUUCGUCGGGCCCCAUUCGGCAAAAGAGGGCAACGGGCUUGGGGAGAGAUUAGCGAGUUUUUGUGAACUGCAUAAUCUCUACCAUGGCAAUAGUCAGUUCCUCAAGGCACCACAGAAAAGAUGGACUCAUAUCCCGCCGAAUGGACAACACUGUCACGAAAUCGACCAUGUCAGGUCUUCAAUAUGCCUAAGGGAGGGUGCUAAUUGGAGGAAGGAAAAGGAGUUUUCCGGCAAUGAAAGUUGGAACCUCGGUCUAGCAUAUACGCAAUUCCACUGGUUCCCUAUGGUCACAUAUCGUUUGGAAUUUGUGAUCGAGUUGGGCUAA